GCAGUGCCAUCGUCUUCAUUUCAACGACAGGCAGUUGAUCAAUGCUCAAUAUUACCACUUUCUAUGUCAACGCCUCCAUCUUCCACCUCGCACUCAUUGUCGCGUAAAUUCUGUACCAGGUCCACGAAGUGUGCUGGACUACACUAUGACUAUACCUUGGAUCGUGGCCGGCCUUGCCAGGUACUUCCUCCUGAACUCGUUGGAACCACCUUGUCAAAAUCAUCGCUCAAGAAAGCAUCACCUCAAGACUGAAACAGAGUCCGCUCUCUACUUGACGAUCAUGGCCAUUCUCAGAGGCCGCAAGUUUCCACGUGGGCCAGCAUCUGUUCCCAACUAUGGUGCCCAGAGUCACCCUCCCCCCCUCCGGAUCACAACAGAUGAAGAUGGUACGGAGAUCGUCGAGGAAAUGCCGCUGGCAUCCUCUAAUGAACCUUCUCGGCCGUACGAGGACUUCAAAUCCCACUUCCUUGGACACGUUUAUCCAUCGAUUGACUCGCUCCGGAUCCGAUGGCCCGUUUUUGGUGAACUGAGCGACAUUCUAGUUGUUGACGACGCUACGGAUCCUUUUGCCCCAACUAAGCCCUUCCAGCUCCCCGAUAGCAGCCUACAUCCGGUCGCAAACCCUCGUGUUUCAGAUAUUAGCUCCAUCAAAGUUGGCAUCGACUGCCUUGGCGAAUUAAGUUCUUACACUUUCAGAGAAUGUGAAUGCGAAGAUAUUGAGAAUGACGAUGGAACUGUUCAGAAAGAUUGCCAUUGUGGGAUAUAUUACCGCAAGCCUGAUCCUGUUCUGGUUGUUGGAGAUAACGAGGGGAGCGCUAUCGCGAUGGAAAAUCUCAUCCUCACACUAUGUCACAGAAUAUCUGUGUUUCUUGGCGUUUCCCCACGGCUUCAUUCCGCAUUCGAUUCUAUACCCCUAUUCUUUCCCUUUUUAGGGAAAAGAUCACCAUUGUAAACCAUAUAAAAUAGCUGCAGGAACAGCCUGUUUUCGUAGGAU